AUGACUAUCGACGAUAGCCUGCAGACCACCACCUCGAUCGAUCAAGCGGAGCUGGAGCGCAGGGUUGCCCACAUCUAUGCAACAGAAUAUGCAGAUGGUGACGAGGAGGGCCUGUCACUGAAUCCGCAGCAGCACAUCAAGUACUUGUAUGGUGGCCUGGGCCAGCUGCCCUCGGGGUUCAUUUCCCUGGACGCCUCCCGCACCUGGAUCUGCUAUUGGGUCACCCACAGGUGCCGUCCGGCGCUGCUUGGGGGCCCCGUGCCCCAGGCGCCCGACAGGGACAGCAUCAUCGCCUUCAUCGCUAGCUGCCAGCACCCUGAGGGCGGUUUUGGCGGAGGUCCAUACCAGCUCGCGCACCUGGCGCCCACAUACGCAGCAACUGUGUGUUUACAACUUGCCUGCGUUCCCCCUCCUGCCCGAGCUGCAGUUGUGGACCGCCCCAAGCUGCUCUCCUUCCUGCUGCGCAUGUGUGUGCCGGCAGAGCAGGGUGGCGGCAUGACCAUGCAUGAAGCAGGCGGCGAGGUGGAUGUACGGGGCUGCUACUGCGCGCUGGCGGCCUGUGAGAUGCUGCUUCUAGACAAGAGUGCUGUGGCUGACGCAUGUGGCAUGGUCGACUACAUCUGCCGCUGCCAGUCGCAUGAGGGGGGCAUUGGGGGCGAGCCCUGGAAUGAGGCGCACGGCGGCUACACCUUCUGUGGGCUGGCUGCUGCGGCACUGCUGGGGAAAGCGCAUGCCUUGGACCUGGAUCGGCUGCUGCGCUGGGCAGUGCGCUGCCAGGGGCAGGUGGAGGGCGGCUUUAUGGGGCGCACAAACAAGCUUGUGGACGGGUGCUACAGCUUCUGGCAGGGCGGCGUGUUCCCACUGCUGGUGGCGCUGUUGAAGGAGCAGCAGGGCGCAGCAGCCCUGGAGGGGCUGCCGCUGCUGUACGAUGCGGCAGCGUUGCAGCUGUGGCUGCUCAAGUGCUGCCAAAUGCCGAGGGGCGGCCUGCGUGACAAGCCAGGCAAACCAGCGGACUACUACCACACCUGCUACUGCCUCAGCGGCCUGAGUUGCAGCCAACAUUACAGCGGCAUUGUGCUAGGAGGAGCGCAGGUGAGGGAUGGUAGCAUGGGAGUGCACCGCACGAUGCAUGGCAUGUUGUGCGUGUCUGCUGCAUGGCAACAUGCUUUCCCUGUCCCAAUGCAACAUACUUUCCCUGUCCCAAUGCCUUCAGACAUGCCUUUUAAAACUGCAUCCAUCUUUUGCAGAAUCAGCUGGUCAGGGCAGACCCCCUGUGCAACGUGGUUGCCACGAAGCUGGAGGCGGCGCAGGAGCACUUUAAGGGAACUGCCAGCUAACUGUGAAUGGUGCCAGCAGUGCUGGCGACCUGGUCCCGCGGUCCUACACAGCGACGCCCUGCUGCUUCCUUCCGAGAGUGCAGUUCUUGUUGUUUACAGUUGA